UGGCAGGCGAGAGAGGGGGCGGGUUUGUUUUCGCUUCGGUCCCUCACAAUAUUCUUCCCUGAAGGAGAGAGAGGAGGCCGGAGAGGCUGAAUUAACGAGAAAUGUGUUCAGAAGACAAAACUGGAUUAUCCUUGUGAAAGAGAAGAUUCAACGAUGGAGCCUGUCCAUAUUAAACAGGAGAGUCACAUACUAGAAUCAGUCCAUAUUAAAGAGGAGAGUCCUGUGCUAGAAUCAGUCCAUAUUAAAGAGGAGAGUCCUGUACUAGAAUCAGUCCAUGUUAAAGAGGAGAGUCCUGUACUAGAAUCAGUCCAUAUUAAAGAGGAGAGUCCUGUACUAGAAUCAGUCCAUAUUAAAGAGGACAGUCCUGAACUAGAAUCAGUCCAUAUUAAAGAGGAGAGUCCUGUACUAGAAUCAGUCCAUAUUAAAGAGGAGAGUCCUGUACUAGAAUCAGUCCAUAUUAAAGAGGAGAGUCCUGUACUAGAAUCAGUCCAUAUUAAAGAGGAGAGUCCUGUACUAGAAUCAGUCCAUAUUACAGAGGAGAGUCCUGUACUAGAAUCAGUCCACAUUAAAGAGGAGAGUCCUGAACUAGACCCUGUCCAUGUUGAAGAGGAGGGUAACCAUUUUAAAACAAGCAGCUUGCAGGGUUCCCUGUCCUGUACAGAAUGUGGAAAGAGUUUCAGUCAGUUACAAAACCUGAAACUUCACCAGCGAGUCCACACUGGAGAGAAACCAUAUGUCUGUCCUGACUGUGGGAAGAGUUUUAGUCAGGCAAGCAACUUACAAACACACCAGCGAAUCCACACAGGAGUGAAACCACAUGUGUGUGCUGACUGUGGGAAGAGUUUCAGUCAGUUACAAAACCUGAAACGUCACCAGCGAAUCCACACUGGAGAGAAACCUUAUGACUGUGCGGACUGUGGGAAGAGAUUCAGUCAGUUACAAAACCUGAAACUUCACCAGCAAAUCCACACUGGAGAGAAGCAACAUGUCUGUGCUGACUGUGGGAAGAGUUUCAGUCAGUUACAAAGCCUGAAACGUCAUCAGAGAUCUCACACAGGGGAGAGACCACAUGUCUGUGCUGACUGUGGAAAGAGUUUCAGUAACUCAAGCUAUUUGAAGAGACACCAGCGAAUUCACACAGGAGAGAAACCGUAUUUGUGUAUUAAGUGUGGGAGAAGUUUCAAUCAGUUAGUAAACCUUAAAAAACACCUGACAAUCCACACUGGAGAGAAGCCAUAUCACUGUGCUGAGUGUGGGAAGAGUUUCAGUCUGUUACAAAACCUGAAACUUCAUCAGAGAAUCCACACAGGAGAGAAACCAUAUGUCUGUGCUGACUGUGGGAAGAGUUUCAAUCAAUUACAAAACCUGAAACUUCACCAGCGAAUCCACACAGGAGAGAAACCGUAUGUCUGUGCUGACUGUGGGAAGAGUUUCAAUCAAUUACAAAACCUGAAACUUCAUCAGAGAAUCCACACUGGAGAGAAACCGUAUGUCUGUGCUGACUGUGGGAAGAGUUUCAGUCAGUCACGCAACUUGAAAAUGCACCAGCGAAUCCACACGGGAGUGAAUCCUUAUCACUGCCCUCACUGUGGGAAGUCUUUUACUGCUUCCAGUUCUCUUAAAAGACACAAAUGCAAGUUGUGAAAGUUUAGUCAGAAUGUGAGUGUGUGUUCAUUCACCCGCACUCAGAAAUUCCAGUCUUUUUAAACAGCAGCUCAAUAUAAGAACUUAUAAUGUUAGUUUAUUGACUUCAUGAGCUAGGAUAUCGAGGUAUUAAUGAUAAAUAUUAUAUCUUCAUAAAUACACACAACAACAGGCACCCUGAAGGGACAUAUUGCAUUUAUAAUCCAGGUCAAACUGUGGAAUUGAAAGAAAAAAACAGAAAUAUUUUCUAGGGCAUAUUUUAUUAAAUAUCCUUCCACCAAUAAAAGGACCAAAAAGUAGUCCCGUUUAUAACUUUGAACUAAACACUAAGCAAAGCUGAGUAAAUGUAUCUAAUUGAAACACGCACAAAUAAGUACAUAUUUAUUUUUGUUCUGUUGAAUUGUACAAAGUCUCCACCAGGCGGCGCUGUUGAGCAAUUGUUUAAUUAGCCCUUUGUACUUGUUUUCAGUUCCGAAACAGCUGCAGUCCUUAUUCUGAAAUGUUCUGGCUAACUUGAAAUCUGCAUUUCUUUAAGAGCUGACAAGUAAAAAGGUCUGCUUAUGCAACUAGCAAUUCAAUUCAAGGUCUCGUUCAGUAAUCGAGAGCUCAGUUGGAAUGAAAACCAGCUGACACAGCAGAGGGGGCUCAGGACCGGGGUUGAGAGAACCCCUGUGCUAGAAGGUGUUUGGUUUUUUUUUUUGCUGUAGUCCAGUGAUAGUCAAAUCUGGCCUUCAAGAUCCAUUCUAGUCCAGGUUUUGACCCCCCCAAGUAGGUUCUAAAAUAGUUAAUUUAUCUUGUUAAUUAAUUAAUUAAUUAAUUCAGGACAUUAAUGUUCUGCUAUUUUUUUAAUUAUAUCCUGCUCGUUUUCUUGACAGAGAACAAACUUAUUCAAAUAUUUUAUCAUAUCAACAGGGCAGCAGUGUGGAGUAGUGGUCAGGGCUCUGGACUCUUGACCAGAGGGUCGUGGGUUCACUCCCAGGUGGGGGGCACUGCUGCUGUACCCUUGAGCAAGGUACUUUACCUAGAUUACUCCAGUAAAAACCCAACUGUAUAAAUGGGUAAUUGUAUGUAAAAUAAUGUGAUAUCUGUAUAAUGUGAAAUAAUGUAUAAUGUGAUAUCUUGUAACAAUUGUAAGUCGCCCUGGAUAAGGGCGUCUGCUAAGAAAUAAAUAAAUAAUAAUCAAACGCUAGUCCUUUGAGGGUAAAGACUGCCCCGCGCCGCAUGGGAAAGAGAAUUUUAUUACAGGAUAACACAUACAAGCCACAUGUUGAUUGUUCUGUUGUUUACUGUCGUAACUUCUCAUUAAAGCCUCUGGGAUUUGGCUUUUGAAAUGCAUUUUUAUUUACUGUGUAGCUUUUAUAAAAAGUGAAUGCUUUAGGUCUUACAGCGUAUG